CUGUGCAGCUACACUUUUUGUCCCUUUGUGCCAACCAGUGUUCAGAUUUUAGCCAGAAAAGCAACCCCACUCCUUUCCAUUUUACUGUUUCAGUCGUCUCACGCCCUCUCUCUCAAGCCUCACCAACAGAUCGGAGAGGAGAAAGAGAAGUCUUGUGCUCGGUGCUCGAGAGAGUUUGAGGCAAUGGAGAAAGCAUUAACAAAAGUGAAUAGCUUGAAAGUAGGAAGCUUAUGGAUCUCAAAGAAAGCAAAAGAAGAGUUCUCCAACAUUACUGAAGACAUCAAUGUAAGUGAUGCCUACUAUCUCAAAUACUGUUGAAGAGAAGGCAAGAUGGGUUUUCAACAAGUUGAAAGGAAAGCCACUAAAAAGUUUGCCAGAUCUCCUCCGAGAAUACAAUUUGCCACCGGGACUUUUUCCCCAGAACGUAACUUGCUAUGAAUUCGAUGAAUCAAAAGCCAAACUGAUUGUGUACCUGACUUCUGCAUGUGAGGUCAGCUUCAAGGACUCUUCUGUAAUUAGGUAUGCACCUCGAGUAAAGACAAUACUUACGAGGGGAAAGCUGACAGGUAUUGAGGGAAUGAAGACAAAAGUGCUCGUAUGGGUCAAGGUUACGAGUGUGACAGUUGAGAGCUACAAGUCUGAUAAGGUGUGGUUUACAGCUGGUGUCAAGAAGUCUAGGCCUAAAAGUGCAUAUGAUGUACCACAGGCUGCUAUCAGGGUUGAGGAAUUUUGAACCAAGGAUGUGGAACACCAUCAUCUUCAUCCAUGAUCAGUGCUCGUAUUUUUAGUCAUUUUUUGGAAUUUAAGCAUAAUUCGUGCUCUGUAAUCAACGGAUGAAAAAUCUCUUUGCUAUGGAUGUAAUAUUCGAAAUCCAAUUGCCUCUAUAAUGGAACUUCACUACGCGCUUGCAAUGA